AAUUGAGGAGGCAGGGGAAGGUUAGUCAAAACAUUGGAAUUUCCACACUUGAACAUAGAGGAUGACACAACUCAACACCCCCAAAGACAAGGUCACAAAAAACUCAUGAAACGAUGUGCUUGCCCACUAGCCUCUUUACUUCUCCUAGCAAUAGUAAUCAUAGUUUUAAUCUUCACAAUAUUUCGUGUCAAGGGUCCCAUGAUCACAAUGAACACCAUCAAGAUCACAAAGUUCCAACUUGUCAACACCACCAUGACACCUCAACCCGGUGCCAACAUGUCCUUAGUUGCAUCGUUUAGGUAUGCCAACACCACCACGAGUUUGUACUAUCAUGGUGUCUUGGUGGAGGAGGCUAGAGGACCACCUGGGAGGGCCAAGGCCAGAAGAACAUUGAGGAUGAAUGUCACAAUUGAUGUCAUCAUGGAUCGCGUCGUUUCUAGCCCGGAUUUUGCAACGGAUUUAGGUUCGGGGCUGUUGACUAUGAGCAGCUUCUCUAGAGUUUCUGGGCAGGUGAAGAUCUUGAACUUGAUUAAGAGACAUGUUGUUGUGAAAAUGAAUUGCACCACCACUUUUAAUAUUUCCACACAGGCUAUUAAGGAGCAGAGUUGUAAGCGGAAGGUUAAACUUUAGUGAUCAUGUGUAAUGUGUUAGUUUAGUUUCUUUCCUCCACUCUGUAUCAUCCAUCCAAAUUACUAUAUUAGUUUAGUUUAUCUUAGUUUCCUUGAAUAUACUUGCAAAAUUACUGUACCAAAAAAUAAUGAGUGUUUACUUUCUUCUAAACAAAAGUCAAAUUGAUCAAAAUCCCUCUAUUUGGGGGCGAUUAUAUUUUUAAGAGUCGAGAUUUCAUAUUAAAACAAAUACAAUUUGCGUGUAAAAAGAUUAUGUUUUAGACUUAGUUUGAAGGUAUCCAACUCAACUAUUCUCAA